CUGUUGUUAACCUAUAUAUUUUGUACAUUGGCUUUGGAAUUCCUUGUCCUGUGUUCUAAAAUAGUUGUAUUGUGUGUUUCUGUUAUUUGAGAGACUUGUAGCACCUGAAUACAGGUUGAUUAUUGUGGCGUGGUGAUAAUUAUUAAGAAAAUAAUCUAUAAAUAUUUAUAAAAUAAUAUCGUCAGUGUUUUAAAAAUGCGUUGUUCCGUUUUUGGUUGUAUUUCAGACAACCAAGGCAAAACCUUUAAUAAGGACAUAAUGUUUUUCCGUUUUCCAAACGACGAAACAAUUUUGAAAAUUUGGAUUGAAGCUUGUGGUCGGAAAGACAUAUUUAACACCAAAAAUGCAAGGAUGUGUUCGAGGCAUUUUAAAACAACGGACUAUGCUCGUAAUUUGCGCGAGGAGUUGCUAAAUUAUAAAAACAAGAACCACCGAAUGAUCAGUAAAACAGCUGUACCUAGUCAAUAUUUGCCCAAUAUACCGGAAUCCAAUUCAGAUUCAAAAAAUUCAGUUGAAGGGUUGCAAAAUAAUCUUGGCAAUAACGAAGAUUUCAGGAUAAAGACCGAAUGUGAAGAUGUGGAGGAACUAAAGGCAAAAAUUGCGGAACUGGAGAAAUAUAAAGAAGCCAUGGAGAAAUUGUUUACACCAGAUGAAAUUAAAAAACUUUUAGCAAGUUCGGGUGGUUGCUCUACUGCGCACUAAAUAUGAACUAACAGUGUGGCAUCGCACCCUCUCAGUGUUAAUUAUUCCUGUUCGACUGAAAAGAAUCUGUAUGUGGGUAGAUCAGUUUUAUAUUCCAAGUGUUCACUUUUGCUCACUCAAAGAAUUUGAUAUACAUUACGACUUGCGUGAUAUUUAUUUAACAAAAAAAGUUUUUUAAAAUUGAUCAGUAAAAAGAAGAACAC